AUGGCCGAAUCAAAUCUGCCAAACGGAGAGGAGGACGAGAUCCAGAGAGUUGUGCAAAGGAGGCUGGCACUCUAUGGACGAAUCCAACUACGGAGCUGGUCACCCAACUCCUCAAUGCUGCGAUGGAGGAGACGAGGGAGAAAAGGGCCUAUCAUCUACAG